AUGUAUCGCGAUGUGGCCAGUCUGCUGGUCGAGAUGCCGUCUGAAAAGAUUACGGUGCGCCAGAAGGCAUUCAGCAAAAUGAAUAGCAUCCUGAGCAGCCGAGAGGAUGAAUUUCUUGCGUACAUGAAGUCAGACUCCUUCGAAACAACUUGGACAACGUUAUAUGAUGCUGCGUUUAGUGGCAUCCUGAAGCAGGGCAGUAACAACAGGGGACAAACGCAGGGUAAAAAUAAGGAAUACGCCUUGGUGUUCAACAAGCUAACUGAGUUAGCAAUGAAUCGAGAAUCACCGCAGCUUUCGUACAGGCAGUUGAUUGAAUCGUUUGUGCGCGUGGUGACCGAUGAAGAAAUGCGAGAGCAGUUUGGAGAGCAUCUGUUAAAAGCGCUGAAAAAUUGCGUCCUGCUAUCAAAAUCGUGCCUAACGUCGGUUACUUACGAGCAGUGGAAAGAUAUUUUCGAUGGUUGUUUCGUGGUGAUGGAUUCGUUGCAAGAAGCUAAAUCUUCAGCUCCAAAUUGCCUUUCAAUAGCUGUAGGAAAAUUUGUGUACAAUUGUUCCGAACCAACUUUACUAGCUAACUAUCUGACCCGUUUGAUGGAUCACAUACGACAAAUGGUGAAUGAGGACAGGAUCAAUGUUGUUUAUGAUCUCAUUAGUACUGCUACACAAAUUGUACAGGCCAUCAUCGUUGAUUGCAAGACCAAAACAAUUCAAUUUUUGGAAUCAUUAGUACCGUACACUAUCAAGAUAUACAAGAAAGGUAAUCAUCUUGAUCAACAGAGAAGCGUAUUGUUUCGUCUGAUGCAUUUGUCGUUGAUAAUCUUGUACCCCAACGGAAAGCCACUCUGCAAGGCUGUACAACUUACGAAAGAUUGUUCAUAUGCGUUCGAAAACGAGAAAGAGAAUAAACGAACGUUGCGCGAGUACCAUUUCAUAGUAAUGUGCGAGAUGAAGACCCGCACAGCGCAAUCAUCGUCGUCCAAAGGCGUUAGAGAAACUCAAUUUUGUGAUGGUUUCAUCGAUUUUGCUGCCAGAUUGUGCUACACGAUUUAUUGGCAUGAAGAUAACUGGAAGGAAGACAACAGCGAUGAAACAGCCGUUAAGAGAAAUAAACAGUUUAACAAACUUCAAAGCGUAGUGGAUAUGGUCGGUACUGCUCCGAAUCAUUACAAUCCAUGUUGGUUAUUUGUAUUGGCAGCCAUUCUUGAGAGAUACGAGGUAGCUAUUAGCAACGAAGACUACUUGCACGUGCUGCACUUGUUGUGUAACAUCCAACCAACGUUGCAAUCGUCCAACGAACGUAAUGCGUUUUACCUAUGCUGCACUGCGUUGCUCAAUUUUGAACAAAAAUUAACCAGCCGAUCGUUGGCCAGAGCAUGCAAAGAUGAACAAAUUGAGCUGUGGGAGAAAAUCAUUGCUGCUGCUUUUCGUGGAUGCACCAACACCAAUACCAUAACCAACGGCGAAUCCAAUUUGCUUCUUCAGCUGCUGAUUCGACACCGGAAAUAUCCUAACGUAAGCUUCUUGAAUGGUACAGUACUGGAAGCUUUUUACACGUAUGCAGUGGAGAAGACGAACGUGAAUAUCGUUACGGUGCAAUGCAUUCUGGAUACGGUGGGCAGCGUGGAGUGUUUGGGUAAUGUCGAUGAUGUAUUGACUAAAUUGUUUAACUACCUGUAUCCCCAAACGCGUGAAGCUCAAUCCAAAGCAAUAAUACAUGGAAAGGAACAAUUGAAUGCAAAAACAUUGGCACACAUUCUGAUACUAUGCGUGGUAACCAAGCGUUCUGUCGCGGAAAAAGAUAAGAUCGCAACAAACAAAGAACAACAUUCCGUUCUGGUAGAACACUUCUACCAAGAGCAAGAUAAGCAAAUGCAAACGUUAGAGCAAUUAUUACGACUACACAACUUGGAAGACUUGAUACCAUUAGAGGAACGUAUGAAGCAGACGGAUGAAUCGCGAGCUGCAGACAGAAUUUACUUUAGUAUAAACGAACCGUUGUUUUUGCGACUCUGUGAAGUAGUAAGCUUUGAUAAUUAUGUCCUGUCGAACGAUAGCCAUCGUCUGGUUAUGGACAUGAUACACAUCAGCUACACUUUGGAACUGUAUCUGGAGAUGAUAAAUAUACUGUUCAUCCAUGAAGCGUACAAUGAAGAGCAGUGUAACAGGAGCCCACUGUACAAGAAAGCACUGAUUAAAUUUGAUCAACUAAAUCAAGGUUUCAAACGGCUGCUGGAAAACCGUGCGUCACAAAAUGAGAACAGCUUGAACGGUAUUUGUGAACGACUGUUGACCUUGUUUCGUGGCCCGUAUCAUCGGUCGGUAAAAAAACUGUUACGGGAAACGGAACAUACGAUGAUACUUCAAUGGACAAUAGAACAGAUAGAUACCACAGAGCGUGAAGAUUCUCCGUCCGUGACGAUGUUGCAAGCAGAUCAACUUUCUUUGGAACAGAAAUGCCAACGGUGCCUGCAAAACAUAAUAGCGGAAUAUUUACAGUACGAUGGGCCAUGCACGAAUGAGGUACACGAAUUUCUGGACAAGUUGGUGCUGAACGUGCACAACAGCUUGGAUUUGUUCUAUAUGUUCGACUUGAGCAGAAUUUUACUGAAACAAGCAUCACACAAGACAGUUGCCACAUGGGUCCUCCAACAUAUAGCAGAUGUUUGCAAAGAUUAUCAUACCGACCCCAUUAUCGCGGAGGCGAUCAUUGAUUUGUACGCCGAUUUAACCUCAUUUGUAAGCCCAUACGAAGAGAUGACACGUAAUGCUACGAUAGUGCUGCAUAUUUUUGUCCAUCAGUGUGCCAAGGAUUCGUAUUCUGCGCAAUUGCAGGCGAAAAUAUUUGCUCAAAUUAAAUAUCUGCUCAAAGCUUAUCCGCAGCACAUCCACACCCAGAGGCACGGCGCCAUUUACAGCACGUUGGUUCCACUUCUCAGCAGCUCAAGUUACCGAGUCAUGUUGGAGGGAGUGAGAAAUUUAUUGCAAUUUAUGAAAUCCGACUGGGCGUACAACGAUGUAGCAUCAGUGCCAAAGUCAUUCUUCCAAUUCCAAAUGCAGCUGUACGAUAAGAUCAACUUUGACGAGCUGGUAUCUGCCGUUACGGAUGAGGACGAACGGGUAAAUGUGAUAAGUUGCUGUCUUCAGUUGCUUCUUGGAAUACACCGCACGAACUUUAUGUUGCGUAGACGCGCUCUGUGUGAUUGUGUGCUGUUAAUGCAAUCGGGAAACGUCAAUCAUGAUAAAUUGGCAAUUACAAUGCGAAUUGCGUGUAGGUACGGCGUGAUUGACUUUCGAAAAUUGCUUCAAACGCAUCUGGACUCCGUGUUACAAUUGUGGCUUGCCAAAGGAAAUCGUUUGCUGCAUUUUCCGUAUCGAAUAGCGGGAAAAGUACGCUCAAUUGAAGAAUUUGUGCAACACUUUAGGAAAAAUAUCGCGUUCGUGAUUCUUUGCAUGCAACCGGAGCAGUUCGAACAGUUCUGCACAUCGAUCGGCUUACAGCAAACCGAAAUGGUGAAGAGUAUAACGCCAAAAUGCGUGUCCUUUCUGCUACCGAAAUAUGCCAAAUGCGACGGAAUGACACCCAAGUACAACGAAAUGGCCGGUCGAAUGCACAACGCACUUGCACCUUUUUUAAAAACGAUAAAUCUGAAAGAGCACGCAACUGAAAUCAUCAUGCAUCUAACAUUGCGGUUGAAUGAAAACGAUGAGCUGGGAAAACUUGCGGAACUAGACCUGCCCAGCCGUUUAGCUGAUGAUCUGUCUAUAACCAAAGCCACUUACGCAAUAGCACUUGAACAUUUAAAAGAAUCGGUUUGGGGAACAUUAUCGAUCAAGUACGCGUUGCUGAGCAAUUUAUGCUUGAAAAAUAGUACGGCCAUUGAGCAGACGCUGAUGGAAGUGAAGCGAUGGCUAUGGGCUGCCGAAGAAAGUGAGCAGAAAAUGAUUCACCUAUUGCAGUAUACCGUUCUGCUCGAUCAUUUGAAUGAGUACAUUGGUCAGCAGAAGGAACGUUCAUUCAAACCGUAUCUUGUGCGAGAUGUCGUUUACUUUCUGUGUAACCUUUUGGCAUCUUUUCCCACAUUACGCCUAGCAACACUGAACAGUAUGGAACGUUUUCUGUGCAUUGUGGUAACGUCAACCGAUGCUUCUGAGCUGCUGUCCGAACAUCUGCAUUUUAUCGUCUCAUCAUUGCUGGAGGUAGAAAGUGUUGAUCCGUGUUCAAAAAUUGCUGACAAAUCUCUAUCGUUGCUGCAGUUUUUGAUUUUACAACACGCAAACACAUUCGGUAGCGCGAUCGGUAAGCUCAACUACUUGCCUAAUGAUGACCGAUUCGAUGAGUUGCGUUUGAUGAUUUCGCGCCAAAAGACGGUUGGCACUGAAAGUUUGUUGCUCAGGGAGGAAAUUGCUGCUCUUAUUGAGUUGCCCAAUCUUAGGUAUGAAGAUUUAGCUGCUUUAAAAAUUAUGCUUACGACGAAAAAGAAAGAGCUUAAGAUGCUGUGCGACGAAUUGCUCGAUCAGUCUGCAUCGAAUGGCUGCAACGGUGAAAGCGUGCUACAUCGGUUGAUAUACAUUCUGCUGGAAGUUGUGCGAAACUCUCCUUUCGAUAAGCGAUCGAUUGAAGCUCUCCGCUGUUUAGGUGAAAUUGGACCGAUAGAUUUGGGUACAAUGCUACUUAAGACAGAUGCUGAAAUGAUUGCUUACGACACGAUCAAUAAUUCUAAGGAAGCGAUCGAACGAUGCGUUGAUGUGUUGCUGAGCGAAAUGAACGUAUUGAUAACGAGUAAAAAUGUUAUGGUGGGAUGUAUGGCUUCACAAGUUUGCUAUGCCAUUCUUCGCGGAAAAACUUUCCAUGCUUUGGCGGCGAAGUUACCAACACUCCAUCCAUUUAUGGUAAAUGCUCCCGAGGAAGUAAAACUCUUCACGUACACUGCAGGACGGGAGUUGGCUUUAAAUACGAUUCUGGUAGAUACACGUAUUGAAUAUCACGUUUUUGUGCAGAAGUUGUCUAGUGCGCUGCUGUUAUUUUUGGGCAACAACACUGUACUGAAAAAGUUAGCCGAACAGGAAACCACAGUUGCAUUAAAAAUCGUACCACUGCUGAUACAAAUUGUGUUAAAACAAUUCGAAGAGAGGAUCAUCGAGCAUAUUGCAAAUUUUAUUAAUGAGUUUUUCAGUCAAUUUGAUGUCGCGAAAAGUGAAGUGCCUCAUAUCUUCAAUGAUCCUAAAGCGAUACAGCUAAUGCUAACGAGUGUGGAGUGUGCCAGGAUACAUAAUCAACUGUUUCCACAGUAUAAAAUGUCCAUUAACUAUCUGCAAAUCGCACAAGCUGCCCAAUAUUGUCAAGCACACUUCAAAGCGAUACUGUACGGUGAGUUAUGGGCUCGUGAAGAAGAGCAAAUGCAGAACGGUGCGUGGAAAAAGCAUCCCAUCCUUCUGGACAUAAUGAAAACUUGCCAUCUGGCUAUUGGUGAUAAUGAUGCAGUUAAAUCCUUUCUGAAUCCAAUUCACGAUCAGAUGGCAUACUAUCUGUUGGACCAGAAUUACGCUAAAUGUUUGGUCAUGCAAGAUGCAACAACGGCUUGGCGGGAAAACACACGCGAGGGUACCAGCCACAGCGCUCAGGAAGGUACAAGCCAGAGCUUCUUACAAACGCUGAAACAUUCUUGUCUGUACGGGUUAGCGAGAUCAUUGCAUGUACCACAGCAGAUUGAUUACGAAUGUGCGUGGCGUUUGUCGGACUGGAACGUUAUAAGCGAUUUAAUCGACACCGAUCACUCGGACGUAAAGCGCGAUACGGCUGGCAUAAAUGGGUUGCAGGUGCAGUCACAGAUCUUCGAACGAGCCCAUUACACCGCACUGAAAUGUUUACAGCUGAGAGAUGAGCCAGCGGUAGAGAAAGCCAUCGUUGAAGCACAGCGAGCGAUUAGCGAUAUUUUCAAGCUAACCAGCAUUGAAUCGACUAAAAAUAUCUACCAUAGUUUGUGCCGCUUGAGAAUGCUGCAGCAGAUAGAAGAUUUCGGUGCAAUACAUUUUGGGAAGCAUAUCGAUUGUGAAGCAGAUACGUUGCAGAAGUGGAAGGAACAGGACGAUCUUCCUCACAGUGAAUUUUCGCUAAUGGAAUGCAUCCUAUCGCAACGGUUGUCUAUCUUAAGCACAGCCGGGGUUCGUAGCAAACGUCAAUGGGUGCAACCGGCUGUCUACAGCACUCUGUUACUUUUAAUUCACGAAUCGCGCCUGCAAGGAUACGACGAUUGCGCUAUACGAAACGUUGUGUUGAUCGGAAAGGAAAAGUUACCCGCAAACAUAAAAUCUAUCGUGAUGCUAGAAAAUGCGCAGCUGAAUUGGACGUCCGGCCAUCGUCUGGUGGCGCGUGAACUGGUUUAUGAUGUAAUGAACAGCAAGGAGUACAACAACCCGAUGGUAAAAGCGGUUGCGUUCAGACUGUAUGGCGAGUUUCAGGCAGAAGGUCACCUGGAGGAGAUAAAAUCACUGUGUGCAGAAUACUUCAAAAAUGCGGAAAAGUGCGUAAAUUUUGUCCUUUUGAGAGAGAAAAGUGAUAAGAAAGCAGCACCUGAUGCGAUACCAUCCACCCAUCGUUGUUUCGAAGCCGACCGCAGUUACACCGUGCAGCACACUGUCGCCAAAUAUGCCGAUCGCGAGUUUGUACGGCUCAGCAAAUUCUUCCGCUCGCAGGAGUGGGAAGCACGUAAAGCCAAUCUGGCAAGAAUGGAAGAGGAGGCGAUACGGCUGAAAGCAGAAGCGGCAAGCGCUACAGAACAGCGGCGCAAAGAUCUCGGUCGAUCGCUGCACUCCAUGCACAAAAACGUGCUGCGUGAUAAAAAAGCGGCUGAAGAAGUGGAGCAGACCCGGUGGGAUUAUCUGGAAUUGGCACUGUGUUAUUAUCUGGAGUAUGCUAAGCAAACAACGAUCGUGAGCGAUAUGGUGAUAUUUAGAAUCCUUUCGCUGUGGCUAAACAAUCAGGAGAAUACAAACGCAAGGAAGCUAGUGGAAAAAUCCCUGCCUGCCAUUCCCUCGUACAAGUUUAUUGCGGUACUGCCGCAGCUUACUCCGAGGGUAGGUGUGGGCAGUGCCGUUGGUACAUUGGUGCAAAAAGUACUGAUACGAUGUGCGCUGGAUCAUCCGCAUCACACGUUACCGUUUUUGUUUGCGCAAUUGCAUGCAUUUAAGGAUCGACCCGAACAUGAAACUCCUGUUAACGAUAACCGGUUAAUGGGUGUGCGCGAGGUUUAUAAUAAGCUGAAUCAAGAACCGGCGCUAAGAAAAAUACUGCAACAGACAGAAAGAAUGAAUCUCGCUCUAAUUGAGUUGGCCAACAAAACCGUAUCCAGUAGCCCCACUUUUCGAGAGUACACCAUGACCAAGAAGGACUUAUUGGCACAGUUGGAGAAUUUAGAUCUCAUCCAUUGUCCCACGGUAGAACUGCCGGUGUUGCAAUGCGGAACUUAUCGUGGACGGAUCGUGGGCAUCAAGCGAUGGGAUCCGAAGAUCAUCGGGGUGGGAGGAAUUAAUGCGCCGAAAAAACUAAUCUGCCUGUGUUUGGAUGGAACCAAACGAACGCAGCUGCUAAAGGGCAAGGAUGACAUGCGGCAGGAUGCAGUAAUGCAGCAGGUGUUUGGAAUUUUGAACAUUUUGCUGCGCCACGACAAAGAAACGGCACACCGGAAACUGUCCGUGCGGACGUACAAGGUGGUACCGUUGUCGCGGCUGAGUGGCAUCUUAGAAUGGUGUAACAAUACGAUGCCGAUCGGUGCGUGGUUGCUAAACGGGCAUGUAAAGUAUCGGCCACAAGACAUCGAACCUACUGCGGCUCGGAAAAAGUUUAUGAAUAACGCUCAACCUGGUAUGACGGUGGAGAAAAAGCUGGAGAACUAUUUGGAUAUUUGCAACAAAAUUCGGCCCGUGUUUCGACAUUAUUUUCUGGAGCAAUAUCUUAAACCCGGCGUGUGGUUCGAACGACAGCAAAACUACAUUAAGAGUGUGGCCGCAAAUUCGAUGAUUGGUUACGUGCUUGGAAUCGGUGAUCGGCACGUGCAAAACAUCUUGAUCGACAAACUUACCGGCGCAGUGAUACACAUCGAUUUUGGCAUAGCAUUCGAGAUGGGGAAAAAUUUACCCACACCGGAAACUGUACCGUUUCGACUAACGCGUGACAUCGUGGAUGGAAUGGGUAUCAGUGGUGUAGAGGGUGUAUACAGGAAAUCGUGCGAAAAAACGCUAGAAGUGCUUCGUAAGAAUCAGACGGUGAUUCUCGCUAUUUUAGAAGUAUUACUGUACGAUCCAUUGUAUUCGUGGAACGUGCUUUCGAACAAGAAGGCGAACCGUCAGCAACAUCAAGCAUUCCUUUCGACAUCUGCUGACGAAUCGGAUGUUGAUGAACCGGUUGGAUUCUCGAUAGGAACCGACAUCAAUGUGACGGCAGAGCGAACCCUAAUGCAAGUAGAAGCGAAAUUGUUGGGCCAGGAAGAUAACAAGUACAUCUCGGUCGAAGGCCAGGUGCAGAUGUUGAUCUCCAACGCGAGAAAUAACCUUAAUCUCUGCCAAGUGUUUGCUGGAUGGCAACCUUAUCUGUGAGUGCUAUUGUUGUUUUUGACACAAUAUAAUCUUUUAUUCCACUUUUUUC